AUGGCGGAAACCACUGCUUGUGACUCCGCCAUAGACGCUGGAUUUACACCUACAGGAGUGAUUACGUCACCAAACUACCCAUCCACGUAUCCUAAAGAUACACAAUGUACCUGGACUAUUACUGCACUUGCUGGUCAGGCUGUUACCUUGGACAUAACUGACUUCAACCUAGCUGGUUAUAACUGUGGCACUGGGGACACACUUGAGGUUUUUGACGGCAGUUCUGAUGCAACGACUCUACUGGACACGUAUUGUGUGGGAAAUACGCCUGAUGGACAGAUAGUGUCUACAGGACCAUCAAUGACUGUUGUCUUUACAUCGCUCGGAAACAACUUUUUCAGCAACGGAUUCAGUGCCACGUAUGGAACUACUAUAGGACAAGGUCCAACUGUGCCAACUACAUCUUCAACUGAUUUUGUGGUUCCUGAUGACUGUUCUACGCCUCUUGGAAUGGAGUCUAGAAUAAUCCCUGACGACCACAUAACAGCCUCUACUGAGAAAGUUGGAUACGAGGCUUGGAGGGGUCGUCUGAAUAACGGCAAGGCGUGGCAGACCGACACAGCCGAUACAAACCAGUGGCUACAGAUCGACCUAGGUAGUCAAAAGUUCGUCACCGGCAUCCAAACACAAGGUCUGUGGGGAGGGCACACCAAGACUUACAAACUGUUGUACUCUGACGAUGGGACUACGUGGGUCACUUACGGAGAUGGACAAGAUGACACCAUCUUUACAGGUAACACCGACGGCCCAACAGUAGUGCAACAAACCCUACCAACUCCAGUUCUCACACAGUACGUGAGGAUAAAUCCACAAACAUUUCAGGGCACCGCUUACAUCCGUCUGCGGGCAGAGAUACUUGGCUGUGAUGCACCAGUAGAUUUCUGCAGUCCUGACCCCUGUACACACGGCAAUUGCGUUAACGGAGACGCAGGCUAUACCUGUACCUGUGAUCAAGGCUGGGAGGGAGUCAACUGUACUUCAAAUAUAGACGCCUGCAGUCCUGACCCCUGUACACACGGCACCUGUACAGACGGUGUAGCGAGCUACACUUGUAGUUGUGAGAGCGGCUGGGAUGGUCAAAACUGUGACCAAGACAUAGACGAUUGUGCGGCCUCCCUCUGUCUCCACGGCACCUGUACAGACGGUGUAGCGAGCUACACUUGUAGUUGUGAGAAUGGCUGGGAAGGUCAAAACUGUGAUCAGAAUAUAGACGACUGUGCAACCUCCCCCUGUCUACACGGCACCUGUACAGACGGAGCAGCGAGCUACACUUGUAGUUGUGAGAACGGCUGGGAAGGUGUCAAUUGUGAUCAAGAUAUAGACGACUGUGCGGCCUCUCCCUGUACACACGGCACCUGUACAGACGGUGUAGCGAGCUACACUUGUAGUUGUGAGAACGGCUGGGAAGGUCAAAACUGUGAUCAAAAUACAUACGACUGCAGUCCCAACCCCUGUCUUCACGGCACCUGUACAGACGGUGUAGCGAGCUACAAUUGUAGUUGUGAGAACGGCUGGGAGGGUGAAAACUGUGACCAAGACAUAGACGACUGCAGUCCCAACCCCUGUCUCCACGGCACCUGUACAGACGGUGUAGCGAGCUACACUUGUAGUUGUGAGAGCGGCUGGGAAGGUCAAAGCUGUGAUCAAGAUAUAGACGAUUGUGCGGCCUCUCCCUGUCUCCACGGCACCUGUACAGACGGUGUAGCGAGCUACACUUGUAGUUGUGAGAACGGCUGGGAAGGUGUCAAUUGUGAUCAAGAUAUAGACGACUGUGCGGCCUCUCCCUGUACACACGGUACCUGUACAGACGGUGUAGCGAGCUACACUUGUAGUUGUGAGAACGGCUGGGAAGGUCAAAGCUGUGAUCAAAAUACAGACGACUGCAGUCCCAACCCCUGUCUCCACGGCACCUGUACAGACGGUGUAGCGAGCUACACUUGUAGUUGUGAGAGCGGCUGGGAAGGUCAAAGCUGUGAUCAAGACAUAGACGACUGUGGGGCCUCUCCCUGUCUCCAUGGCACCUGUACAGACGGUGUAGCGAGCUACACUUGUAGUUGUGAGAACGGCUGGGAAGGUCAAAAUUGUGAUCAAGACAUAGACGACUGUGCGGCCUCCCCCUGUCGCCACGGCACCUGUACGGACGGUGUAGCGAGUUACACUUGUAGUUGUGAGAACGGCUGGGAAGGGGGCAACUGUGAUCAGGACAUAGACGACUGUGCGACCUCUCCCUGUACACACGGUACCUGUACAGACGGUGUAGCGAGCUACACUUGUAGUUGUGAGAACGGAUGGGGAGGGGACAACUGUGAUCAAAAUAUAGACGACUGCAGUCCUGACCCCUGUGCACACGGCACCUGUUAUGACGUAGUAGCCGGUUAUACCUGUACCUGUGAGCACGGUUGGGGCGGAGUCAACUGUAGUAGUAACAUCGAUAAUUGUGUUGGCAACCCCUGUCUCCACGGCACCUGUACAGACGGUGUAGGAAGCUACACUUGUAGUUGUGAGAACGGCUGGGAGGGCGAAAACUGUGAUAAAAACAUAGACGACUGCAGUCCUGACCCCUGUGCACACGGCACCUGUACAGACGGUGUAGGAAGCUACACUUGCAGUUGUGAGAACGGCUGGGAGGGUGUCAACUGUAAUCAAAAUAUAGACGACUGUGCGGCCUCUCCCUGUACACAUGGCACCUGUACAGACGGUGUAGCGAGCUACACUUGUAGUUGUGAGAACGGUUGGGAAGGUGUCAACUGUGAUCAGGACAUAGACGAUUGUGCGGCCUCCCCCUGUACACACGGCACCUGUACAGACGGUGUAGCGAGCUACACUUGUAGUUGUGAGAACGGCUGGGAGGGUGAUAACUGUGAUCAAAACAUAGACGACUGUGCGGCCUCCCCCUGUACACACGGCACCUGUACAGACGGUAUAGCGAGCUACACUUGUAGUUGUGAGAACGGAUGGGAAGGUCAAAACUGCGAUCAAAACAUAGACGACUGUGCGGCCUCCCCCUGUCUCCACGGCACCUGUACAGACGGUGUAGCGAGCUACACUUGUAGUUGUGAGAACGGCUGGGAAGGUUUUAACUGUGAUCAAAAUAUAGACGACUGCAGUCCCAACCCCUGUCUCCAUGGCACCUGUACAGACGGUGUAGCGAGCUACACUUGUAGUUGUGAGAUCGGAUGGGAAGGGGACAACUGUGAUCAAAAUAUUGACGACUGCAGUCCCAACCCUUGUACACACGGUACCUGUACAGACGGUGUAGCGAGCUACACUUGUAGUUGUGAGAACGGAUGGGAAGGUUACAACUGUGACCAAGAUAUAGACGACUGCAGUCCUGACCCCUGUGCACACGGCACCUGUAAUGACGUAAUAUCCGGUUAUACCUGUACCUGUGAGCACGGUUGGGGCGGAGUCAACUGUAGUAAUAACAUUGAUAACUGUGUAGGGUCCCCCUGUCUACACGGUACGUGCACUGAUGGUGUAGCGAGCUACACGUGUUCUUGUGAGAACGGUUGGGAAGGUGACAACUGUGAUCAAAAUAUAGACGAUUGCUCGGCCUCCCCCUGUACACACGGCACCUGUACAGACGGUGUAGCGAGCUACACUUGUAGUUGUGAGAACGGCUGGGAAGGGGACAACUGUGAUCAAAACAUAAACGACUGCAGUCCUGACCCCUGUACACACGGUAUCUGUACAGACGGUGUAGCGAGCUACACUUGUAGUUGUGAGAACGGCUGGGAAGGGGACAACUGUGAUCAAAACAUAAACGACUGCGCGUCCUCCCCCUGUUCACACGGCACCUGUACAGACGGUGUAGCGAGCUACACUUGUAGUUGUGAGAACGGCUGGGAAGGCCAAAACUGUGACCAGGACAUAGACGACUGCGCGGCCUCCCCCUGUACACACGGCACCUGUACAGACGGUGUAGCGAGCUACACUUGUAGUUGUGAGAACGGCUGGGAAGGUGAUAACUGUGAAGAUCUGUCUACUACAGAGAUUCAUUCUACCACGAUGAUAGCCACGACCAUGGAACACACUACCAUGACGACAGCCAAACCAACUACCAACCCGAAGCAGACAACCGCUCCCAACCCAACAACAUCUGAACCAACAACAACAGAAAGCUUGGAAACAACAACGGUCUACCAUACCACGACGGAUGAAGAAAUCCACACCUCACUCCUUACCUCUACUUAUCUAACAACUACUGCACCUCUGACCACUUCCAUACCCUCAACAGAAGUUGAAACAACAGCUUACACUACCACUGCAGUCACGGAAACCUACUCUUCUAUCUUUGCCUCUACUCUCUCAUCAACCACUGCGCCUCUAACUACCACUGAGGAC